CUUCUUCUUCGUGGCGAGUCCCAUUUUCUCAUAGCAAAACCAGAGAAAGAAAGGGCCAAAUCAGAAAGAAAGAGUUCAAGAAAAUGGGUGAAAUAAACGUUCAUGCUCAGAACGAACCCGUCACCGCAGUUUCUCCACAACCAACGCCAACACAAGCGAUGCACGAUCACGCUGAUUCCACGACAGUGGUUGAGCCCACCGACUUCUUGUCCAUGAUGCAUCACAACAACGGCUGCUGCCACCGUCAACCUCCCUGCUCCGCCGUCAACAACCCCAUGAAGCGCCGAUCGCCCCCGUCGUGUUCUUUCUCCGGAGAGCCCUCCGCCAAGAAGCUAUCCUGUGACCAGGAGGACCUCUCCCAUUACGGCUUCUCCGCCGUCCCCAUUCCGCUCAACCUCCACUCCCUCGUCAACAAGCGCCGCUCCUUACCCGUCCUCCGCCGCUGCGUUUCCGACCCUUACCGACCUCCGGCUCCGGCGCCUCCCACUCCUGCGGAGAGAGGCUCCUUCCCCGUCCUCCGCCGCUGCGUUUCCGACCCUUACCGCCCUCCGGCUCCGGCGCCUCCCACUCCUGCGGAGAGAGGCUCCGGGCUACCGCCCCUGCCGCCGGGCCUCAGAAGGAGCGUCUCGGAUCUCUCCACACCUUCUCCGAGUCUGAACUACGAGGAAACCGCCGCUCCUGAGUCAGUGAAACUGAGAAGGAUCAAGGAGCGAUUGAAAGAGAUGUGGCAAUGGUGGCAUGAGGUUAUGAAGGAUGAUGAGGAAGAAAAUGGAAGGGAAGAAGAGUGUAUAGCUGAAGAAGACAAAGUCCUGCCUCAGGAUGAUUUGGGAGGAGGAGAUUCUGAAGAAGCAGUUAGUGUUGAGUGGGGUGAACAGUGCCUAAGCCUUGGAUUUGCGUGUCCAUGUGGGAAAAGCUUCAAGGUUCUCCUCUCGGAAAAUAAUUGUUACUAUAAGUUGGUGUAAGAGAAAAGUAGCGUGUUUGACUCUUGCUCGCUUUUGUUUUUAUUAUCUUUUAGUUUGGCAAAGCCUUUUUUCUAUUUCUCAUGUGCGGUGUCUUCCAGUAAAUAAAAGAAAUGUUAUGUACUUUGAACAAUGUAUAUAAAAUGUUGUGUACUUUCUCCAAGAAAUGGAGGAAAAUGUUAUAUCUUGUCCCAUUUACUAGCAUGUAACUCAGUACAAAAGUUCAUAGAAAAUGAAUGGCUUGUUGUGCAAUAA